AUGAACAUACGGACACUGUACAAGCCACUUGCAAUCCAGAGGAAGGCGUUCAAAGAUGUGGAACCUUUUACCUCUCUCGAAAGCUGUAGUAAUUGUGAUCAUAGUGUGGCAGAUGAGGUCGAUCCACGAAUCUGCAAGGUUCGGGUCGCGUUCGCCAAUUUGAGACAACUAUGGCGUCAAAACGGUAUAUCCAUGAAUCUCGAGGGAUGUGUGUAUCAGACUACAGUACGGACUGCUUUGUUGUACGGCUGUGAGGCUUGGCCUGUUCGAGCUGCGGAACUCGGAUGUCUUCAGGCUUUCUACAAUCGUUUUCUCAGAACCAUUGCUCGUGUGGGUUGGUGUCAGCGGAUCCAUUCAGGGGAAAUUAGAAGUUUGUUCCAUCCCCCUUCUUGUUGUCACACUUUUACGGUGGGAGCAAAAGUUCUCACAAUGACCUCCGAGGAGGGUGAGAAAAUAGAUCUUACUUCAUUCCCAUCACUGUAUCGCGAGGAAAACGUUAUACUCCACAAACUGUUCCACAAACAUGGCUACGAGUUGCGCAUCGCUGGAGGUGCCGUACGAGAUGUUUUGCUUGGUAUUACUCCCAAGGAUAUUGACUAUGCUACGGAUGCGACCCCAACGGAGAUGAAUGAGAUGUUCCUCUCGGAGAAUAUUCGAACCUUGAAUCGGAACGGAGAAACUCAUGGGACAGUCACUGUGCGAAUCAACGACAAGGCGAGUAUGUCUAUCAAUUUUGAAAUUACUACCCUGCGAAUCGAUUCCGAACCAGAUGGUCGGCACGCCAAGGUCGUGUUCACGGACGACUGGCGGUUGGACGCGGGUCGCAGGGAUCUGACAGUCAAUUCUAUGUUCCUUGGUUUGGAUUUGAGCACUCUUCCUGACAACCACGUUGGGAAUGCACAUCCAAGUGACCGGGAGGACACACACGGACUGGGUGUUCAACAACCGUCCACUUUGAACUCAAAGACUCCUCAGGUGUUUGGCCGCGUAUACGACUUUUUUGGUGGUAGGGGAGAUUUGAGCCGUCGUCAUAUUCGGUUUGUUGGGGAUGCCGCCACUCGCAUUCAGGAGGAUUAUUUGAGGAUUCUACGUUAUUUCCGAUUUCAUGGACGGUUGGCAAAUCCCGAUAAACAGGAUCUUCAUGAUCCGGACACCUUAGAGGCCAUACGUGAAAAUGCAGCUGGUCUGUCGAAAAUAGCUGGGGAGCGGUGUUGGGUUGAAUUGAAGAACAUACUUUCCUACCCGUCCACUCCGAUGCUUUUGCGGCGUAUGUUCGAUGCAGGCCUAUUUCCACAUCUUGGAUUUCCACUUGAUCCCAACUUUGCCGAGCUGGAUGCCGCAUGGCAACGGGGUAUCAAUAAUCGGACAACGUGCGCUGCCACACACUUGGCGGCCCUGCUAACAAGCACUGAAGAGGUUGAGACUCUGAACAAUCGUUUGAAAUUGUCCAACGCAGAGGUCCUUAUUCUCAUCUAUAUUAUAAAACACCGAGAAGAAUGCUCCCGGCUAACUGGGUUGGAUGCGCUGCCACAUUAUCAACAUGAACUUUUGCUUUCCAGGGAAUCCCAGAAUAAGAUUCGUCCGAUUCUCACCGAGAUGUUGUGCUAUGUCGGGUGUGAUCCAGAACUCAGUGCAAGUUGGGCACUGUGGGAGCCGCCGAAAUUCCCUGUCAGUGGGUAUGAGUUACAAUCAAAGUGGUCUGUCCCCCCUCGAGUUACGGGUGCCUUUUUGACGGUAUUGCGUCGUCAAUGGGUGGAGUCAAAUUGCAAGCUUACUAGUGAUGAGCUCCUGUGUGACGCGAAUCGCUCGGUGACGGAGGCCGCAGUUGAUAUGCUGGAUCCGGAACCUCCAUUGAGCCGGAAGGCAAAGAAAGCCAGACAUUAUUAA